AUGCUAAAAAUUGUUCCAAUAGUAAUUCCUAUGGAAUUAAUUAUAACAAGUGGUCGACCUAAUGUGAAUACUGAUAUUAUUGUUUCAUUUAAAGUACAUCUGGACAUUAACUUAUAUGCUUUAGGUAGUGAAAAUGAAUGCAAUUUUGAUGAAAAUGAUGAACGUAAAGAAGAAGACGAAUGUGAUGAAGAACCUGGUCAACAUAUGAUUGAAGAACAAGAUGAAACCCGAGAUGAAACUGAUGAUAAUGAUGAAGAUGACUAUUGUAAUACUGUCCAAAAGCAACAAUACAAUCCACACCUACGAGAUGAUAAUGAAUGUAAGAAAAAAUAUACUUGUAAUGAGAAUUUUGUUUUCUCAGAAGCCUUUUUGGUAGGGUUAUUUAGAGCCAUCGUAAAUAAAAAAAAACGUUAACAAAUUCACAUUGUUGUUAAUUUCUAGAUAGAAGAUGAUAUGUUAUUAUUCAACGUUUUCCAUUAUUUUAAUUCUAUUACUAUGGCUCUCAGUGAAAUAUUAGUUGAUAACUGGUGUUUUUCAGUCAUAUUUGAUCAAUUAGAAAGUUUUAUUGUAUAUAAAAACUUGAUUCUAUUGAGUUUUUUACAUACAAGAAAAAAUAUAUGCAUCAAAAAGAUUGAUUGUUAAGUUUAAAAUUCAAUUCCUAUUUAAACGCGUGACAGUUCUCGAUCGAAGAAUGAAACCAGUUUUGAUUAUCAGUUCUUUUUGAAAGAAUGAUAAUUGAUGACCAGUUCUUUCGAAAAGAGCUGACGUUUCUAAAGAUCUCAUUUUAUCUUUUUCCAGAUCAUGUGAAUAAAACGUACAAGUUUGCCGGAAUGAGACCGUCGAAAACUUAAGGUUAGAAGAAAAUCAAGUCUUCAAUAAACCAAC